CGCCGAGCGCACAUCCUGAAGAAAUGUUACAUCAUCUGCCGCAGCUUCCACCGGGUGACCGCUUGAACACAACAAAGACACACGCCACCAUGAUUAAAAGGAGGCCAUCUUGUUUGUGUGGGUCCUCCAUCUGCACCAGCCGGCUACUGAACGUCUCCCUCGACAUGCUCGUACAGAUAAUGCUGUGCUGCACUGUAUGCUGGUGGACAGCGCCUCCUGUUGGACACCGUCAAAGGAAGGCUCAGGAAAAGGCAGGUCACGACCCGGCUGUGCUUCACCAGUCCGAAUGCGCUUUCCUGUAAUCGAAGACAUGUGCCGCUGCAAGCUCGCAUGCAAGCUUGAGCCCUCCAGUCAACACGGCUCCAUCGUUCCGGUGCAGGAGUUCUUCGCUAGCGAGCUUCCAGUUCUUACGUACGAAAUGCCGAUUGCCGGCGACCUCCAGGGGCCCCGGACCUGACUCCACACCAAAAACCGUAGACCUGAAGAAGACCUUUCGUAUUAAAGAAAUCAAGCCGAGAGAAAAUCGCGACUGAAAAGUUGGAGGCGAGGCAGCGAGGACCGUGGCCGAGGAUGGACGAGCAGCCUCGCUUGAUGCACUCUCACGGGGUAGGCAUGGCCGGACACCCCGGCCUGGCGCAGCAUUUGCCGGAUGGCACCGCGGGCACGGACGGCGAGGGCAGGAAGCAGGACAUCGGAGACAUUUUACAGCAAAUCAUGACCAUCACCGACCAGAGUCUGGACGAAGCGCAGGCGAGGAAACAUGCAUUGAACUGUCACAGAAUGAAACCUGCUCUCUUCAACGUCUUGUGUGAAAUAAAGGAGAAAACAGUUCUCAGUAUUCGCGGCGCCCAGGAGGAGGAGCCUCCCGACCCUCAGCUGAUGCGUCUGGACAACAUGCUGCUGGCCGAGGGCGUCGCCGGGCCCGAGAAAGGCGGCGGGUCGGCGGCCGCGGCGGCGGCGGCGGCGGCCACCGGGGGCAUCGGCGCCGACAACUCGGCGGAGCACUCCGACUACCGGGCCAAGCUGACGCAGAUCCGACAGAUUUACCACACGGAGCUGGAGAAGUACGAACAGGCGUGCAACGAGUUCACCACCCACGUGAUGAACCUGCUGCGGGAGCAGUCCCGGACGCGGCCCAUCUCGCCCAAAGAGAUCGAGCGCAUGGUCAGCAUCAUCCACCGCAAGUUCAGCUCCAUCCAGAUGCAACUCAAGCAGAGCACCUGCGAGGCCGUCAUGAUCCUGCGCUCGCGCUUCCUCGACGCCAGGCGAAAGAGGAGGAACUUCAACAAACAGGCGACGGAGAUUCUAAACGAGUACUUUUACUCCCAUCUGAGCAACCCUUACCCGAGUGAAGAGGCCAAAGAAGAACUGGCCAAGAAAUGCAGCAUCACAGUUUCGCAGGUCUCCAACUGGUUUGGAAACAAGAGAAUCCGCUACAAGAAAAACAUCGGCAAGUUCCAGGAGGAGGCCAACAUGUACGCGGCGAGGACGGCGGUGAACGCCACCAGUGUGUCGGCGCACGGCAGCCAGGCCAACUCGCCCUCCACUCCCAAUUCAGCAGGUUCUGCCGGCUCCUUUAACAUGUCAAACUCCGGAGACUUGUUCAUGAGCGUGCAGUCCCUCAAUGGGGACUCGUACCAAGGGGGGCAGGUUGGGGCCAACAUACAAUCCCAGGUGGAUACCCUUCGCCAUGUUAUCAGCCAGACCGGCGGAUACAGUGACAGCCUCGCCGCCAGCCAGAUGUACAGUCCACAGGGCAUCAACACAAACGGCGGCUGGCAAGAUGCUCCGACCCCUUCAUCGGUGACAUCACCCACGGAAGGACCCGGAAGCGUUCAUUCGGACACCUCCAACUGAAUCUUUCCGGCGCGCCGCCCGUCACCUGUACAAAAAAGCAGAACUGACCUUCACAGUAUUCAAAACAAAGGAGUCCGCCGUGACGUUCCGUCCGUGGGAAAGCCGAAAAAAAAAACAAACGAGAAAAAAAAAAAAAACAAACAAUAGCGUUUCCUCUGCUUGGACAUUUGGGAUACAAACAGUGAAAAUUGGAAAGAAAUCAGCGGAGAGGUUUGUACAGCGUUCGCACGUUCGAUUCUGUCCUUUCCUCUUGGGAGGGCUGAGCUUCGCUUACGAUUCGACCCCUUUUCCCGCUUCCGACGCGGCCGACGCCCAAAGUAAAUAAACCCCCGGCGUUGGUCGCUUUCAGUCGGCGUUCUACCUCUCAGCCACUCAAAAGACGAAAGGAGAAAAACGUCCGUGACCGGAAUUUGUUUUGUAAAAAGUUGUCUUUGCGAGCGAGAGGCACAUCUUCUUACUUAUUCUACAUUUCGUUGUCUCUCACUUAUUCUAUUCUAUGGUACGCCAUUUUAGACUAAUAUUGCUCAGUUGUUUACAAUGUGUGCUUGAUCCGACUAUGUCCUCCCUCCCCCAAACCCACCUCCACCUGUGUCUCCGGCGUCUUUGAACCCAGUUUGUGUCGGGACAUGUCCGCCUCUAAGGUAACCCUGUGAAGUAUGUUAUCCGUAAAAACAAUAAAGAAAUACUUGUCAUCA